AUGGCGCCCUGGAGUUUAGGCGGCACGCCGCUUUUGCUGCCAAUUCUACAUCCAUGUGUGCUUUUGCGGGGGACAGGGACGGCCGUCUGCCGGCGGCCAGCCGUCGCUCUGCCGCCGUGGCGCAGAUACCAGACCGAGCGAACAGACGAUGCAGCCACAGCGGACGAAGAGGCGCCGACGGUGGCGUACCCGCCGUCACGACUGAACCCAGCGCCGGACGACUAUGCGAUGGCCAGCUUUGCGGACAAGGCGACGCUGACGGUGCACGCAGGCGUGGGUGGCCAGGGCUGCAUCUCGUUUUUACGCGACCUCUUUCUGCCAGACGGGCCGCCCAACGGUGGUGACGGUGGCCACGGCGGCAACGUGUACAUCCAAGCGGUGCCAGGCGAGACAUCGCUGCACAAGAUUGCGCGGCGGCGGGUGAUGCGGGCCGGCCGCGGCAAGCAUGGACAGGGCAGUGCGCGCAACGGACAGCGUGGCGACGACGUGAUCGUGACGGUGCCGGUGGGCACAAUCGUGACCGAGGUCAGCCGAAUCGAUCCGGUGGCCGACGGGAUCAUCGUGGGAAAGGCGCGCCACGCAGCCCGCAAGCGCAAGCGGCAGCUGGCGGCAGCGGUCGUGGCGGCAGCACACGCCGAAGAGAUUGCGGCAGACGACGCGGAAGAGCAGAGAUUGAAGACGGACGAGCGGCUGCGGCUCGAACAACGGCUGCGCCAGGAGCAGGAGGACGACGAGGAGGCCGAGGCCGCCUGGCUGCGGCGUCGCUGGGUUGUCUACCCCGGACUGUCGUCGUCCGAGGUGAAGAACAUUGAGUUUCCGCGGUUGCCUAGACGCGAUCGCACCUUGGCCCAACCACCGCCACCCGUCUACCUCGAUCUCGCCCGGCCGACGGCCCAGCCGAUCCUGCUGGCGUCUGGCGGCGUCGGCGGGCUCGGCAAUCCGCACUUUCUGUCGCGCAAGAUGCCGCGGCCGGUCGUCGCCACCAAGGGCGAGGCUGCCGUGUCCAUGACCAUCAACCUGGAACUGCGCCUGCUCGCCGAUGUCGGCCUUGUCGGCCUGCCCAAUGCUGGCAAGAGUACGCUGCUGCGGGCUCUCAGCAACAGCCGUGCCCGUGUUGGCUCCUGGGCCUUUACCACCUUGCAGCCCAACAUUGGCACCGUCGUGCUUGACAGCAACCGUGGCCGUCCGCUUGUGGCAGUGCGGCCGGCAAGCAGCCACGGCUCAUCCGAUACCGGCGAGUCUACCGACACACUGCCUCCCCGCACUCGCUUCACCGUUGCCGACAUCCCCGGCCUCAUCGAGGGCGCCCACCUCGACAAGGGUCUCGGCAUCGCGUUUCUGCGCCACGUCGAGCGUGCCGGCGUCCUCGCCUUCGUCGUCGACCUCGGCGCUGGCGAUGCCGUCAAGGCUGUCAAAGCCCUCUGGACCGAAGUCGGCCUGUAUGCCCGCAUGCGCGAUGAGGAGGAGCUGCAGCGCGAACGCGAGGCCAGGAUCGAGUGGGGUGACCGGCCGGCCGGCCACGACGACGACGACCUUUCGGCCCUGUCUUGGACGUCUGGCAGCGACGUUGCUGCCCAGACGCCCGAGCUGGCCAUUGCGGGGAAGCCGUGGUUCGUCGUCGGCACAAAAGGCGAUCUUCCCGGCGCCCAGGACAACUUCCAGCGCCUGCAGAACUAUCUCGACCGCAUUACCAGCGGCCAGGAGUUGCAUCCCAGCGGCAUCCGCGGCGGCUGGACCGAGAAGCUUGCUGCCGUGCCCGUCAGUGCAAUCAAGGGCCAUGGCAUCGACCACAUUGUCCACUGGACCGUCGGCUUGCUGGACCAAAACCGUGGCGGCCGGCGGCGCGACAACGCGCGGGCACCAAACAGCGGGGGCUUCCAGAAGACGUACCCGGACAUUGUCAAGGAGAACGAGCGGCUGCAGCAGUACUACAACGGGCUGCUGGAGCUGAACGACAAGGAUGAGGAGCGUGAAGCGUUCUGGGCGGCUUUCCGGCGCGAGCUGCCGCACAGCUUCCGGUUCUGCGGGUCCAAGGGUCACGCGCUGGCCGUGCAGAAGCUGUUGCAGACGCGCUAUAUCCCGGAGCUGGCCAAGAUCUCGCACUACGACGGCCUGCCGGUCUCGCCGCCUCAGCCGGUGCCCUGGUAUCCAGACAGCCUGGCCUGGUGGAUGACCACGCCCAAGACGGUCAUCCGCAAGUUCCCUCCCUUUGCCGCCUUCCAGAAGUUCCUCGUGUCCGAGACGACCGUCGGCAACAUCAGCCGCCAGGAGGUCGUUAGCAUGAUCCCACCCCUGCUGCUAGACGUCCGUCCGGGCAUGGCUGUUCUGGAUCUCUGUGCCGCUCCCGGCAGCAAGGCCGCCCAGCUGCUGGAGAUGCUGCACCAGGGCGAGGAAGCCCGCGUCCGCAAGGUGCUGCGCGAUGAUGGCCGGGCCACCGGCGUGCUGAUUGCCAACGACUCCGACUACAAGCGCAGCCAGCUGCUGAUCCACCAGCUGAAGCGCCUGUCGUCGCCCAACAUCAUCGUCACCAAUCACGAUGCCACCGUGUAUCCGUCGCUCCGACUGCCACCUCUCGCGACCAGCAGCGAGUCCAAGCGGCCGCCGCCCGUGCGCUACCUCAAGUUCGACCGCAUCCUGGCCGAUGUGCCGUGCUCGGGCGACGGGACCCUGCGCAAGAACGUCACCAUGUGGAAGGACUGGACGCCGGCCGGUGCCCUGGGACUGCAUCUCGUCCAGGUCCGCAUCCUCGUGCGCGCCCUGCAGAUGCUUCGGCCUGGUGGCCGCGUCGUCUACUCGACCUGCAGCCUCAACCCGGUUGAGAACGAGGCCGUGGUGGCGACGGCCAUCGACCUCUGCGGCGGGCCUGAUCGCGUCGCCAUCCUCGACAGCAGCGACAAGCUGCCGCUGCUCCAGCGUCGACCCGGCCUCAAGCGUUGGAGCAUCAUGGACCGCACCGGCCGCCAGUGGAGCAGCUGGCCUGAGGUCGAGGCUUACGUGGCCUCGGACGAGAGCGGUGGCCUCGCCCCCAGCCGCGUUGUGCCCUCCAUGUUUGCCAGCGAGGCGUCGGAUGCCCUGCCGCUCGAGCGCUGCAUCCGCGUCUAUCCCCAUCUGCAGGACACCGGCGGCUUCUUCAUCGUCGCGCUCGAGAAGAAGGCCGAGUUCAAGCUCAAGCCGCUGCACCCUGGCGGCAACAGCACGCCGGUGGUCCAGCCGAAGACGGCCGAUGUCGCCGAGACCGAGACCGAGACCGAGAACGGCGACCGGACUGCAGCAAAACGGCCGGCCGAAGACGACGUCGACGGUACGGUUGACCCUGACAGCCUGGACGGCCAUCUGCCCUCGACCAAGAAGUUGAAGCAGGAGGAGGAUGCUCCGGAAGAGGCCGCUGUCGUCGGGGACACCGAGAGGACUGAUGCUGAAAAGACCGAGGAGGCCAGCAAGACCAAGACCGACACGCCAGCCCCUGUCGACAAAGCCUUGCCCGGACGUCCUCGUCAUAGCGGCCCCUACGAGGAGCCGUUCAAGUACCUGGCCGCGGACCACCCGGUCGUCCAGGAGAUCCGUGCCUUUUACAACCUCUCGCCGCGCUUCCCGGCCGACCGCUUCCUGGUGCGCAACGCCUACGGCGAGCCGGCCAAGGGCAUCUACUACACCAGCCAGCUGGUGCGGGAUAUCUUAGUCAGCAACACCUCAGACGGGUCACAGCAGCACAAAAAGCAGCAGCAGCAGCAGCAACAACAGCAGGUGCGCGUCAAGUUUGUGCACGGUGGCGUGCGCAUGUUUGUCAAGCAGGAGUCACCGUCGUCUGGCGUGUGCCGGUGGCGGAUCCAGUCCGAAGGCAUGCCGCUGCUGCAGGGAUACGUCGGCGAGGAGCGCGUGGUGCGGCUGUACCGCAAGACCACGCUGCGGUCGCUGCUGGUCGAGAUGUUUCCCAAGUUUGCCGACGGCGGAUGGAAGCGGCUGGGCGAGGUCGGCCGCCGGCUGCCCGACAUCGGCAUGGGCUGCUUUGUGCUCAAGGUGGUGCCGGGGAUGGAGGAUACAGAGGAGGUGGCCGAAGACGGAAAUGCGGAAAAUGCGGAAAACGCUGAAAACGCCGAAAUCCCCGAAAUCCCCGAAACUCCCGUCCUCGAUGACAGCGUCCCGCUCGAGCCCAUGGCCCUUCCCCUCUGGAAGAGCUUCCACUCGCUCAACCUGAUGCUGCCCAAGGAGGACCGCGCCGCCAUGCUGCUGCGCAUCUUCAACGACACCACGCCGCUGGUCAACAACACGCUCGAGCGAAACAAGCAGCAGCACCAACCCCUGGCCCCUGCUAUCCCCGAGGCUGACAAAGCCGCCGGUGAGCCCGUCGCUGUCAGCGACGCCCAGCUGAACGACUACGACGCAGAGGACGCGCCGUCGUCGUAA